GCGGAGGAGGAUGCGGAUGCAGAUGCGGAGGUGGCGGCGGCGGUGGCCGCCGCGGAUGCUGAUGCGGAGAUGGGCGGGGGCUCAGGGGGGAAUCCGGACUUUCCUAUGGCUUCGCUGUACGUGGGCGACCUGCACCCUGAGGUGACGGAGGCAAUGCUGUACGAGAAGUUCAGCCCAGCCGGGCCCAUCCUCUCCAUCCGCAUUUGCAGGGACAAGAUCACCCGCCGCUCGUUGGGCUAUGCGUAUGUCAACUACCAGCAACCGGUAGACGCCAAGCGGGCCCUGGAGACCCUGAACUUUGAUGUCAUCAAGGGCAGGCCAGUUCGCAUCAUGUGGUCCCAGCGGGACCCCUCGCUCCGCAAGAGCGGGGUGGGCAACGUCUUCAUCAAGAACCUGGGCAAAACCAUCGACAACAAGGCGCUGUACAACAUCUUCUCGGCGUUCGGCAACAUCCUCUCCUGCAAAGUGGCCUGCGACGAAAAGGGGCCCAAGGGCUACGGGUUCGUGCACUUCCAGAAGCAGGAGUCCGCCGAGCGGGCCAUUGAUGCGAUGAAUGGCAUGUUCCUGAACUACCGCAAAAUUUUCGUUGGGAGAUUCAAGUCGCAUAAGGAACGAGAGGCCGAAAGGGGAGCCUGGGCCAGACAGUCCACCAGUGCUGACGUCAAGGAUUUCGAGGAAGACACCGAUGAGGAGGCCACCUUGCGAUGA